UUCUGGUAAAUGACUUCACGGACUCGGAGUUUCUCUCUCUAAAAACUCCUCUCCUUCUUCUUCGAAUUUCAAAUUCAGAUUCAGAUUCAGAAUUUCGAUUUCAUGGACCGAGGAUGGGGAGGUCUCACGCUCGAUUCGUCGACUCCGGAUCUCAUAAGCUCUAACAGUCACGGGAAAUUCACCGAUUCUCCGGUAGCUGACGCUGAUCAGAAGACGGAGAUGUUUAGGUUUCCGGUGAGUAUCUCCGGCUUUCGGGAUCGGGAAUACGAACUUAACUCUUCCUCCGGCGACAACGACCGGAAGGUUCCUGGCGAAGUGGAUUUUUUCUCCGACCAUAAAUCUAGGGUUUUACGCUGUGGCGAAGACGAUUGUUUACGAGUCAAAGAAGAGGAUAAAGAUUAUCGUACCGAUGUAAAUACUGGAUUGAAUCUCCUAACGACGGCUAAUAACAACACCGGGAGUGAUCAGUCGGUGGUCGAUGACGGAAUGUUUUCGGAUACAGAAGAAGAGAGGAGAGCCAAAAACGAUGUGGCCGAGUUGCAAGUUCAGCUGCAGAGAAUGAACUCUGAGAAUCGAAAGCUCAAGGAAAUGCUUGAUGAAGUGACCAAGAAUUACAAUUCAUUGCAUACGCAACUUGCACUAAUGCAACGGCAGCGGAAUAUUCCAAACAAGGUGAUAGAUGGAAAGCCAUGGGAGAGUCAGUGCAUCGGUGCAGGCCCUUCGAGGGCGGACGAUGAAUCGAAUUCUAUGUUGGAGGAGAGACGUAGGUCACCGGAAAACAAUGUUGAGCUUGAAAGGGACAACGAUCCAAGGGGAGAGAAGAGACUUGCACAAGAAGAAAGCCCAGAAACCGAAUCGAGAAGCUUGUGGAACUCGCCGAAUAAGCUUCAGAAGGUUAACAAUAACCCUCAAAUAGAUCAAUCCGGUGAGGCCAUGAUGAGAAAAGCUCGUGUCUCUGUUCGUGCUCGGUCAGAAGCUCCAAUGAUAAGCGACGGAUGUCAAUGGCGAAAGUACGGCCAGAAGAUGGCGAAAGGAAAUCCAUGUCCUCGGGCUUAUUACCGUUGCACGAUGGCCACGGGUUGUCCCGUUCGUAAACAAGUCCAAAGAUGUGCGGAGGACAAAUCAAUAUUGAUAACAACAUACGAGGGCAACCACAACCACCCAUUGCCACCAGCCGCGGUGGCAAUGGCCUCAACCACCACGGCUGCCGCGACAAUGUUGCUCUCGGGCUCGACGUCUAGCCACGAAGGCCUCAUGAAUCCCGCCAAUUUGCUAGCCCGAGCCAUCUUACCUUCCUCCUCCUCCACCGCAAGCAUAGCCACUAUCUCUGCCUCGGCUCCAUUCCCCACUGUGACAUUAGACCUCACUCACGCGCCCCCGCCUCCAUCGGGCCCCGGGAACCACCCUUUGGUUCGGUCACCGCCGCAGCAAAUGAUGAAUUUGCCCCCAAAUUUGCUGCCUCAGGUCGUAGGACGGACUCUGUAUAACCAAUCCAAGUUCUCUGGAGUUCAGUUUUCCGGCAAUUUUGACGGUUGUCAGAUCGCUCCUCCGUCGUAUGCUUUGGUCGAUACGGUGAACGCACUCACCAAAGAUCCGAAUUUCACAGCGGCUCUAGCCACCAUGAUUUCGUCUAUGAUCAAUGGAUCUAGUCAUCAAGAUGGCGAAGGGAACCCCAAAAUUCAAUAGGAGGAAAAAAAAAUAACGGAUUAUUUUUAAAAAAUGUUUUAAAGCAUUUUUCAAUAUUUUUAAGUUUAGAUCGACAUUUAUAAUUUAUUUAUUUAUUUUUCUUACUUUUGCAUUGGAUAGCUAUUUGAAGGAAACAUGGACGGUCUCAUUGGUUCUUAUUUUGAAAUGUUUAAUUAAAAAAACAAGUAAAUACCGUUCAUCUUUCA